CAGAGCGACUCUGAAACCGUCAGCCGACCGAGCCGGACGGCCGCGCUACAAUCGCGAACUCCCGAAAAUAAACUUAAAACUUUCAAUGCACAUUAUAAUCUAAUAAACAAUUCAGUGUAAUUAUAUUAUAAAUUAUAUAUAGUUAUAUUUAAAUAUAACGUGAUUUUUGUAUAUAUAUAUAUAUAUAUAUAAUUUUUUCGGUGUGUGUUGUGUAGUGAAAAACUUUGGUGUUUAUAAAAUAAGAUUGAAAAAGUUGGGAAGCCGACGACAUUGUACUGCAUUAAUACCAAGAUGUAAUUCAAAGACGAAGGAGAAAUGGAGGAGGAACAAUGUCUGAACUGCACGCUCUAUGCAGAGUUCAAUGACACCUUAUAUAAGAACAUCACCAAGAAUGAGACCACUAUCAAUAAGUUCUAUUUCUAUCAGUCGGCACAACUGGCGAUCCUAUGGGUGCUGCUCGUGACCAUCGUGGCUGGCAACGCGACCGUAGUCCUCGCGUUGCUGCUCACCAAAACUAGGAAGAGUCGGAUGAACUUCUUCAUCAUGCAAUUGGCAAUAGCAGAUUUAUUAGUGGGUUUGAUAAGCGUGCUGCCGGAUUUAAUACAACGGAUCACAAUCACGUGGCUUGCUGGAUCCAUCACAUGUAAAAUGAUGAAGUAUUUACAAGGUGUCGUUACAUAUUCUUCUACAUACGUAUUAGUGGCACUGAGUGUGGACCGAUGUGAUGCCAUCACCCAUCCUAUGAACUUCACUGGAAGCUGGCGUCGAGCGCGUGCAUUAAUUCUUGGAGCAUGGUUCGUCAGCUUUCUGUUCUGUGUCCCGAUGCUGUUUCUGUUUGAUGAAGCAAAUGUAGAAGGGAUCUACCAAUGCUGGUCAGGCAUCAGCAAACUGCAGUGGAGGAUAUGGAUGACCAGUGUAUUUGUGUCCUUGUUCGUGGCACCAGCUCUGACGAUAUCUGCCUGCUACGGAGUGAUCGUGGUCACGAUACGGCAGAAGAGUAAUCGAGUACUAGGUAGGAGAGCUACGGCGACUAGACAAUACAGUGACGACUUGGACAGCCGACGGGCAAGCAGCCGCGGCAUCAUACCAAAGGCGAAGAUCAAAACUGUCAAAAUGACAUUCGUUAUUGUUUUCGUCUUCGUGCUAUGCUGGUCUCCAUACAUGAUCUUCGACCUGCUGCAAGUCUACGGCUACGUUCCAGACACGCAAGGGAACAUAGCCAUCGCCUCGCUCAUUCAGAGCCUGGCACCGCUCAACUCUGCAGCCAACCCUGUCAUAUACUUCAUAUUCUCUAACAGAAUAUUUGUUAGCCUAAGGAACAUUCCUCCAUACAAAUGGCUAUGGUGUUGGGUGCGGGCGAGUGACAGUCCUGCUGGGAACGAAUCGCGGGCACACACUGAGCUGCUGACGUCAUCACAUCGACGGACUAGGCAUGAACUGACUAUACGAGUAAAAGACGACAGCGUGAAGUUUCCAAAGCAGCGUCUACACCAGUGCAACAGCACAAACUCCAAAAAGGUUCGUUUACAUCUGCCCGACCAGCAGAUCAACAACAACUGCCAUCCACCGCAACGAAGAAGGGAUGAUACUUUCCUGUAGACUUAUUAAACAACGUCUUAAUAUGCCGUAGUUCAUUUAUCUUUGAAAAUUACUCGACUUAAAUAUAUGUUGAAUGAAUUACUUACUGUUUGAGGUAACUUGACUAGUGUCAAAUCAUGACAGAGACCUUUAGACGUGAAUAGCAUGUAAAUGACGAUGCAAUAUGCAGCCAACAUAGUACAGUCGGAAUAUCCAUCGUACAUUCCAAAGUAAUCGUAGAAUUCACGUGAAAAUCAUAAGAGGUAUUAGCUUCUGCUAGCUGCUUCUAUCUUAUUACCCAAGUCAGCUCAUACCCUGUCUGUAUACCAUCAAAAUCCGUUCAGU